AUGUCACAGGAUUGGCGAGAACAGAUUGUGGACUGCACGGUUGAGGAACGACGUCUUAUUGAGAAUAAAGAGCGGAGCAAGUAUUGGUUGAAAUGGGGCCCAUAUUUGUCGGAGCGCGGGUGGGCGACUGUUCGUGAGGACUACUCGCUUAAUGGGGACGCGUGGAGACAUUUCCCGUUUGAACAGGCGAAUGCGAGGGUGUUUCGGUGGGGGGAGGACGGGAUCUUUGGGGUGAGUGACAACCGUCAGCUGGUUUGUUUGAAUGUUGGGAUGUGGAAUGGGAAGGAUGGGAUAUUGAAGGAGCGGAUGUUUGGUUUGACGGGGCCGCAGGGGAACCACGGGGAGGACUGUAAGGAGCUUUAUUACUAUCUGGACAAUUUGCCGAGCCAUGCGUACAUGAAGGGUCUUUACAAGUAUCCGUUUGGGAGGGCGUUCCCGUACGAGGAGCUGGUAGCGCGGAAUGCGGAGCGUGGGUACGAGGAGCCCGAGUUCGAAGUGUACGAUGUGGAGGGGGUGUUUAAGGAGGAGGACGGGGGGGAUACGCCCUACUUUGAUGUGGUGUUCGAGAUGGCGAAGGGGGACGACAACCCAAACGACUUGAAUUUUCGGAUCACGGUGUACAAUCGGUCGGAGGUGCAGUCUGGGGAGUUGUAUUUGAUGCCGCAGGUGUUUUUCCGGAACACCUGGUCGUGGAACACCAAAGGAGAGGAAUCGCAGAAGCCGCGGUUGUACAAGUCUCACAGCAAUGUGAUUACCACGGAGCACAGCAAGUACGGUGUGCGUAGGGCGGUUUUUGCUCCCUCGCCUGGAGGGUUCAAUGAACAGGACUCUGAGGACAUCGAGCCGGUGUUGUUGUUCACAGACAACGAAUCGAACCUGAAAAAAGUGUUUGGCGCGACCAAGAAUCCAGCGCCGUAUACCAAGGAUGCAUUUGAGGAGUUUGUUGUCUUUGCCAACGAGGCAGCGGUGAACCCAGAUAACGAGGGGACCAAGUCUGCGGCUCUUUACCAUUUCCCGGACAUCCCUCCGGGCGAGUAUGUCACGCUAAGGUACAAGUUUACGGACGAAGCUCUCCCACAGUUUGAUAAUGAGUUGAUUAUCGAUGAGGAAGCGUUCGAUGCGAUUUUUGAUAGACGCGAGCAGGAGGCGGACAACUUUUAUUGGAGAAUUACCCCACAGCCGUUGCCCUCGGAACUUAGACGCAUCCAACGGCAGGCGUUUGCUGGAUUACUCUGGUCUAAGCAGUUCUACCACUUCGUCCAGGAGCAAUGGUACGAGGGCGACCCGUUGGUCGAACCUAAGCCUCCUUCAGAUAGAGCCAAUGGCAGGAACAAGGAAUGGAAACACAUGUACACGGACGACAUCUUGUCGCUGCCGGAUAAAUGGGAGUACCCCUUCUUUGCCUCUUGGGACACUGCUUUUCAUUGCAUCCCUUUGGCGAUGAUAGACCCAGAAUUUGCAAAACGGCAGCUAGAUCUCUUGACGCGCGAAUGGUACAUGCAUCCAAACGGCCAGAUCCCAGCAUAUGAAUGGAACUUUAGCGAUGUGAAUCCGCCGGUACAUGCAUGGGCUGUGUAUCGUGUUUUCAAGAUCGAAAGGAACAUGUAUCACCGGGAAGACCGUGUGUUUUUAGAACGUGUUUUCCAAAAGCUAUUGUUAAAUUUCACGUGGUGGGUCAACCGUAAGGAUUCAGAUGGUAACAAUGUCUUUGAAGGCGGGUUCUUGGGGCUGGACAACAUUGGAGUUUUUAAUAGAUCUGAGCCGUUGCCCACAGGUGGGACUCUAGAACAGGCUGAUUCCACUGGCUGGAUGGCUUUCUUUUGUCUCCAGAUGCUUAAUAUUGCUCUCGAGUUGGCAAAGGAAAACCCAGUGUACGAAGAUAUUGCUUCGAAGUUCUUUGAACACUUCAUUCUGAUUAGCGAUGCCAUGAGUUUUAAAUAUGGCAAAAGCUACAACGACGAAUCAGGUGAAAACCAUCAAGAAUCACUGUGGAACGACCAGGAUAAGUUCUAUUACGAUGCUAUAUCAUGGGGGGAACCAUUUAAGCAACAGUUGCCCAUUAGGUCCCUGGUGGGUCUAAUUCCCCUUUAUGCCUCGAUGACCUUGGAGCCGGCUGUAAUAGAUAGAUUCAAGAGCUUCAAGAAACGUGUUGAAUGGUUUGUAGACCAUCGUCGUGAUAUAUUUGAUAGAAAUAUCGCCUCGAUGGAAAAAAGAGGGGUUGGAGAAAGACUGUUGCUAUCCCUUGUUAAUAAAGAACGUUUGGAAGCGAUACUACGGCGCAUGUUGGAUGAGAAGGAGUUUUUGUCUGAUUAUGGUAUUAGAUCGUUAUCUAAAUAUCACGAAGAUCAUCCAUUUGAAAUGGACGUUGGAGGGAAUAAAUAUGUCGUCAAGUAUUUACCUGGAGAGUCGGAUUCCGGCAUGUUUGGUGGUAAUUCAAACUGGAGGGGCCCCAUUUGGUUUCCAACAAAUUUCUUGUUGGCUGAAGCCUUGCAAAGAUUCUUUCUGUAUUAUGGUGCCGACUUCAAGGUUGAAUGCCCUGUUGGCUCGGGCCAAUAUUUAAAUUUGGCACAAGUGGCAGAGGAGAUAUCUCACAGAUUAAUUCACUUGUUUGUGCCUGAUGCAAACGGCUCUAGAGCUGCGUACUACGGGGGGUCAUCGGCUUUCUUAUCACAGGACAAAUAUUUCAAGGACUUGUUGCAGUUUUAUGAGUACUUUGAUGGUGAUACGGGGAAAGGUCUUGGUGCUAGCCAUCAGUUGGGUUGGACUGGUCUUGUGGCUAAAUGGAUUCAUGAUACCGGCUCAUCAUGUGUUAGAUUACCAAGAACUCCAAGGUCAUCAAUUUCAGCAUACAGCUCUGGAGACUUAAGUGGAGAUGAAGCUCAAUUGUUGCCUAGACUUUCCAGGCGUAGAAGCGGCAGGUCGCUCAUCAACUUGACUGGAACACAUUUAGAGUUAACCGAAGAGGAGAAAAUUCUCCACACCAUGGGGACUUUGAAUUCGACUUCUGUCAUUAGCCCAGGGAACUCUAUCAAAUCCCCACAGUUGCAGACUACGAGUUUUCAGUCUUCCCCUUUCAGCCCCCCAGAUAACAUUGAUGCAGGUGCUGAUACUUCACACAUGUCUAUUGAGGGCCUUCGUGAUCAUCCGAGGACUGAAAAUGUCUUGAUAGCCCAAUUGAGGGAUAAAUUGAGACAGUUCAAGAUGGACAACGAGCCUUCCACCGAGUAG